AUGGCACGCCCUAAUGCGGACGUUGAUGAGGGGGGCUCUUCCUUCCUCGAUAUGCUUCCUUUCCUGCAUGCUUUGCCCAUCCUGCCAGAAAGCCGUCCCUCUGUUCCCGCUUCAACUGAGACUCAUUCCACUUCUCUAGCAUCUACCAUUGCCAUGGCGCACACCACCGAAGCCCCCGACGAGAACCCAGCGAUGGAGAAACGUCGUCGUCGCCAGAUGAAUUUCAGCGAGAUCCUGGCCAGCGGCAUGGCCGACGAAGACAACUCCCAGGCAUGGACUCGGGCCCUCGUUCGGUAUCACCGGGAGCAGGGCGAGCACAGAUCUGCCAAUGUCGCCGCCUCCUCCCACGCGGAGAUUCCCAUGUCGGCUGUUGCUCCUGCUCAGGAACUUCUUAUGCCUCCUCCAGGCAUGACCAGAAGAAACCUCGCUCUCCCUCCCAUCAACGCCGCGGGACUCAAUCACAUCCUGCUCCAAACCAAGUCGCAUGACCUUGUCGCUCAGGCUCUCAUUAAGAAGAACACCAAGCGUCUUCAGGAGUGUGGCAUCGUUGAGAAGCUGGCCCCCGAGGAGAAGAAGAUUAAGCCUGAUGGCAAAACUUUCUCCAAGGUCCCUGACGACGAUGGCGAGACUGUAAACAUGCGGGUUCGAGCUGCCCAUGAGCGCCUCCAGGCGUUCAUCAAGACUUUGCCUGAGGAUGAGCCAAAUCCGCAGCCUCCAUUUGCUCCUCGCGAUCCUCUCGCUCCAUUUGAUCCUCUCACUCCAUUCGCUCCUCGUGCCCCUCGCCGUCGCCGCCGUAGUUCUCGUAGGUGA